AGAAACAUGGGCUCCAAUAGAACAUUGUUUGCCUCAGGCCGAGGCGAGAGUGCUGCUUCGCCUGACGAUUUCCAGUGGAUCAUCACCGCUGGACUGUCGAGUAUUACGGCCAUUCUGGUAACCUUUCUUGCCUACCUGUCUUACACUCCCAAAGUCGACAAGAAUUCGCCCGCGUUCACGACAGAUACGCUUCCAUUUGUAGGAUCAUGGCGAUUCUUAACCCAGAAGAUGGAUUUUUGGCGAGACUCGGUCCAGAAAUCCAAGACCGGACAUUUCAGCUUCUGGCUGGGUAAAAAUCAUGUCGUUGCUGUGUCAGGAGAAGCUGCUCGCAAAUGGUACCUGGACGAUCGCAGGCUCUGCUCUGUCCGAGGAGUUCAGCUUAUAGGUCACGGACCGGACAUUGGGCCCCCGUUCAAGGAUAUCCAUAACGCAAAAACUCCUGCUGGUUCAACAUAUUUCCAACGCCGCCUACUCGAGCUACAGAAAACGGAGCAGCUCACCAAGCGUCUCCCAGCUGUGACUCGAGAUGCUCAUACCGCUUUUGCAGGUCUAGCCCGCAGGCCAACAAACAUCAUUAACCCGGCCGCAGAAUGCUAUCGGAUCGUGAUCCAGCAAAGCACUCGUGUCUUUUGCGCUGAUGAGCUCUCAGACGACCCCAGCAUAGUGGAUACUAUCUUUGGCUACCUGAUGAUACUUCGCUCCACCAGCAGUCUUCACCUCAUGGCAGUCCCCUGGUUGCGGCUUACAUCCCUCGCCUACUGGAAGCGCGUUUACGGACGCUGGGGCUUACAUAGCAUUGUGGCACCCAUGAUCAAGCAGCGAAUGAGUCCAGGGGCAUCUCGGGCCAAUGACGCGGUUCAGACUCUGAUCGAUCUUGGCGACAGCCAGGAGCACAUCAUCGACUUCAGCAUCAGCGGCAUAUUCGUCGCCGGUGCAAAUGCAGGCUACCUGACGGGCGCGAUGCUGAACGUGUGUGCCCAUUUCCAGGACUGGCAGGAGAAAAUGUACCAGGAGCUCAAGAGCGUCGCGGCGUCUUACGCCAAGAACAAAGACGUGCCUCUCGUAGAGCAGCUCGACUCGAUUCCGCUGGCAGCGUGGGAGGAGUCUUUUCCCGCCAUGGACAUGUGCUACAAGGAGGCGAUCCGUCUGUGGGUCGCAUUCCCCAUGGGACGAUUCAAUGUCUCGCCCAAUGCCAUCCCCAUCCCGGGCAGCAGUGAGGUUCUUCCUUCCGGCAGCUUUGCGUCUUACAACACCAUGGAUGUGCACUACAACGAGAAGUUGUACCCCAACCCCAAGAAGUUCGACCCGGAGCGUUUCAUGGAGGGUCGAGAGGAGUUCAAGAAGGAGACCUACGGUUUCAUUGGAUGGGGCCAGGGGCGCCACCCGUGUCUUGGAAUGCGAUGGGCAAAGAUGCAGCAAAAUAUCAUUCUUGGCUAUGCGCUGGCGAUGUACAGAUGGAUUGCCUGCGAUGAGAAUGGGAACCCAAAUGUCGAGUUCGACCGCAAGACUGAUGUGAAUGCGCCGGCCCCGAAUCUAGCUCGGGGUCUGCAAUGCAUGUUUGUUCCUAGGAACCAGAAUUAAGGUUUGUGGAUUCGUCAAAUAAUGUGCAAGUAUGCAGUGGAAUAUGGUGUGGCUAGGUACAUGGCAUCACGUGUCAUCCUCGAUCACCAUGUGUUUCCACGUGCAAAAUAGGGAUCAGGGCGGGAGGUUGAUGAGAAAUUUCAUUCAAGUUGCUACAUGUACGCUUUAGAACCCAGAAGAAACUCAACUCAGUGUGUAUACAUGCCUGAGCAUCUCAAAAGUCAUUGAAUGAGGAAUUCUUGAGGAGUCCCUGGCU